CUAAUGAGUGUCUAGACAUGAGAAAGCGAGGGACAGCUGACUUGGGAGUCGAAAGCAGAUCCAUUCAGAACAAUAAUUAUUUUAGCCUGCUAAACUGAUUCCAGAAUUAAUCAACUCAAGGAUACAAGAGUCAUGGAGAGGAAAAGUCCCCCUGGCAAGAAGUUUCUCAGCAAACCCCAGAUUUCUCGUUGCCUGGGCAACACAAUGGACGUGCAUGCCAUCGACCCCCGUGCUGGAAGGAUGCUGAUGACCAAAGUGCACCGAAAUAGGCACAAGCAUCGUUAUGACAAUAACAACCAUCAGAUGAAGAUAAAGCCUGAUCUGAACACAACACUACCAGUCCGACAGACGGCAUCUAUCUUUAAACAGCCUGUCACUAAGGUGACCAACCAUCCAAACAAUAAGGUGAAGACAGACCCCCACAAGGCUGUGGACCAACCAAGACAGCUGUUUUGGGAAAGAAAACUGAGUGGGCUGAGUGCAUUUGACAUCGCGGAGCAGCUGGUAAAAACCAUGGAACUGCCAAAGGGUCUUCAAGGUGUAGGCCCUGUGUGUUCAGACAAGACUCUGCUGUCUGCCAUAGCCAGCGCCUUACACACCAGCCCAACCCCUGUCACCGGGCAGCUGACGGCAGCUGUGGAGAAGAACCCUGGAGUCUGGCUCAACACAGCUCAACCUCUCUGCAAGGCCUUUAUGGUGACAGAUGAGGAUAUUAGGAAGCAGGAGGACCUGGUGCACAACGUGAGGAGGAGGUUGGAGGAAGCCCUCAUGGCCGACAUGCUGGCUCACAUAGAGGACGCUAACACACUUGUAGAGGUGGAAGCAGACACAUCGAAGGAAGAGGAGACUGAGCCAGUGGACAAAGAGGACUCAUAGCCAAGGAUCAGUAACUGCUAGAGAACUGACUGGAACGCAGUAUUCACACCACAAAUACACAGGACUUUUAUUAUUAUUUUUUUUUUUUAUUGCAUUUGUCAACAUGAUGGUGCUCAUCCCAUUCUCACCAUGGAUCUGCAGAUCAGCCCUUGUGGAUUGAAUCAAAAUAUAUUUUAGACCAGUAUAAAUUGGAGCUAUAGAAAUAUGUUUUAUGUCUGGGGAGAGACUGUGAAGUUCAGCGUUUCUAAUUAAUUUGCUUUUAUUUUUUACUUUCACCAAUGUUGGAAUGUUGGCAAAUAUGAUGGUGCUCUGAACAAUUCAGCCUUGUUAACUUUUUUGUGAACAUGUUUCACAAGGUCAAAGUUGAAACCACAGAAUUAAUAUCAAAAUGUUUGUGUUUCACUCUGAUUGUGUCUGUCUGCGCGGUGUAGAUGUAUGGAUGAAUCGGAGGGCAAUGCACUGUAGUGUAUGUAUUUUGAUUUUAAUGGUUCCAUUGUAUUGUUAUGUACUACUCUGGACCUGUUUAGUGUAUUAUUUACCCUGAGGUGCAGUGUGUGCCACCACUAUUGUGCAGACUGGGUCAGACGACAACAGGCUUACAAUUAUCUGAGGCUUUUGGCUGACCUUUCAAGAGAUUACCUGUGUGAUCAUUGAACAUGGUUGAUGUAUGUACUGGAUGUAAUUUUACGUACAGUGUCUUGAUCCUCCAUCUGGUUGCCAGUUUCAAAUAACCCAUUUGCCCUGAUUCUUAGUCCCUAGAUACUGCCAUUUAAUAAACAAUCAGCCCUGAUUCUUAUUCUAUUUAAGCCAUAGGGGUGUAGUCACAUUUCCCUCCAGUCUGUCAGAAUGGUCAUAAAAAUGUUAUUACUCAUCCAGUCCUUUUCUAUCUUUUCAGGUGCCAUGUAUGAUUUGAUGUUUGAGUGUCUGGUUUUUUGCUUUUUAAACUUUAUCUGGGCUGUUGGUGAUGAGUAAUACUGCUCUCACUUGUCUGAACAGUAAUCUUCUCUCAAUUCAAUAUGGUGCUGAAUUUGUCUGUUUUUGUUGUAUGUAGAAAUAUGUUCUUGUAUUCCAUUAAUGACCUGCCAGUAGAUAUUAUGGCUGUUACAGAUGGACCACUACUCUGAAAUAGUUGCCUGUUUGGGAUUUUGUAUUUUUUAUAUUUCUUUGACAAUACAAAUUGUUUUGAAGCAAACUUUGAUGUCAAUUUACAUUUAGGCAUUUGAUAUUUGAUAGCCUACAUACCAAAUAGAGAUAGCUUCUAAACUGAAAAGAUAAAAAUGGAAAGAGGACGUUGCUUCUUUUUUAGGUUUAAAGUUGAUCCAAAUAUGGAUCUUGUUAUGUUAACCUUUGUUAAAAAGUCAAAUAUCAAGUCAUUUGAUUAAAAAAAAUAUUGAGUAGUAAAUAAA